UAAUAUGACAGAGAAAGGAGGCUUAAUGUCAGUCAGUAUCGAUAGGCGGUGUGGGCGAUAACAUUAAACUGAAAUUAAUAAUUUAUCACAAAUACGAUUUCCAGAAAACAGCCACACUGGCCUGGUCCUCUCAUGAAGGACAUGCAGCUCGCCCCAGCGAAGGGGUCCCCAGAGCAGGCAGCGAUGAGUAGCAAGGCUAAAGCGGAGAGCCACAGGAGGCCAUCCUCUGACCUGAUGGACAGCAUGAAGACAUCCAAACCCAAGUCGGAGAGGGACUCCGGUUUCUCAGAUGGCAGCUCGGGGUACCUGAGUGCCGUGGAGCAGAUGGAGUCAGAGGAGGCGGGGAGGACGGUGGCAACAGCAACAGCGGCGGCGGCACAGGGCCCCCAGGCCAGGCCCCAGGUGGCAGUGAUGGCAGGGUCCUUCCCAGGACUGUCCCCCAUGAUCAUCAUGAACAACGUAGUCCUCAAACAGCCGAAUACUCCCGCCCCCACACUCAAGCCAUGGGGGUUCCAGCCCACCCUGGAAAUGCUUCCUCAGCCACAGGUGGUCUUCCUCCAGCCAGUGGUCUCCAACAGCAGCACUGCCUCGCAGAAGAGUGGCCCAGACAAACGACGGCGAUCCAGGAAGUACCUGCCCAUCCUCAAAUCAUACCCCAAAAUCGCCCCUCACCCCGGGGAGAGCUCCUUAGAGAAAAGUGGGUCCAGUUCCUCUGAGCGGAGCAGUUCUUCCUCCAGCCAGGGGGGGCAGCAUCGCCCUCAUCACCGGCGAGAGAAGCAGCCAGGCAGUACGCCUGACCCCACCACUCGCACCUCCUGUCCUGUGUCCCCCAGCCGCCAUGGCAUACUUCCCCCCACCACCACCGCAGACACUCUGGGGACCAUGAAGCUGGUCCAAGCCACAAACAGCCAGGGGUCAGCCCCGCCCCAGGUGUCACCUGUCACCGCCGCCUCCCUGGCUGAGGCCGGCCUCCAGGCCCCCUGGGCGUGGCCGGCGGCUCCCGCGGCCAGCGACUCCAACGAGAGCGGCCCAGACGCCCCGGCCGAUAGCCACAGUAAGCGGCAGCGCUUCUGCAACACCUACAACAUCCUGAACAGGUCGGGUCUGCUGGGCAUCACACUGCGCACCAAGGAGCUGAUCCGGCAGAACCGGCGCACGCAGGGCCAGCUGGAGCGGCUGCGCGAGCACACCAGCCUCUUCGUGGAGGCCUUGCGCAGCGGUGACCCCCAGGUCUGGACUAAGCUGCAGCUGGCUAUGAUGGAGGCCAGCCCCGGCGGGGCGGAGGAGGAGCCGGAGAGGCGGGAGAAGGAGGCGGAGAAGGACGCACCGGCUGCCCUGCUGUGAGGCCGCAGCGGGACUGCAGGGGGCGGGGCUGGGAGGAUGACGCACGGCGCCCCACAGACAGACACGCCUGCAGGCCUCACCCCGCUCGCAAGGUCUCCUGCCGAGCUUUGCUGCAAUAGCUCCCGCUGUA